GAUCCCUGGCCGGAAGCAGGCUCUACCCACACAGGCCUCCCUCUCAGUUAGGUCGGCCCACUGUGGGGACGAAGAAAGAAGAGCUCCCAGGGCCUUGGCUGGGCACUUUCACGGGCACGGACUCCUGGCAGAUCCCUCUCCUCCUCGACCCAGGUCCGUAGGAACCAGUCCUGGAGGCAGUUGGAAGAAAGCAGCAGGCCAGACGGAAAGAGCGGAAAGAGAGUGGAAAGAGCCGCCAGCCAGCGGUGGAAGAAAUCCUCUGCUCUGGGGCUGGGCAGGGAGGGUCAGUGGGUACUAGGGGAGGAGGGCAAGGCUUCUGAACUCUGCUUUUGCCAACCACUUCCUGUCUCUCUUCAGCGGGGGCUCAACCCCCCAGACCUCCAGAAAUGACGUCAGAAUCAUUUGCAUCCCGCUGCCUCUACCUGCCGGUCCAGCUGGGACCCUGCCUCGCCGGCCCCAUGGCCAGAGGGUUGGAAUAUUCGCAAAAUAGCUACAUCCCUGAACACAGUCCGGAAUAUUACGGCCGGACCAGGGAAUCGGGAUUCCAGCAUCACCACCAGGAGCUGUACCCACCACCGCCUCCGCGCCCUAGCUACCCCGAGCGCCAGUAUAGCUGCACCAGCCUCCAGGGGCCGGGCAAUUCGCGAGGCCACGGGCCGGCCCAGGCGGGCCACCACCACCCCGAGAAAUCACAGCCGCUCUGCGAGCCGGCGCCUCUCUCAGGCGCCUCCGCCUCCCCGUCCCCAGCCCCGCCAGCCUGCAGCCAGCCAGCCCCUGACCAUCCCUCCAGCGCCGCCAGCAAGCAACCCAUAGUCUACCCAUGGAUGAAAAAAAUCCACGUUAGCACGGUGAACCCCAAUUAUAACGGAGGGGAACCCAAGCGCUCGAGGACAGCCUACACCCGGCAGCAAGUCCUGGAAUUAGAGAAAGAGUUUCAUUACAAUCGCUACCUGACCCGAAGGAGAAGGAUCGAGAUCGCCCACUCGCUGUGCCUCUCUGAGAGGCAGAUCAAAAUCUGGUUCCAAAACCGGCGCAUGAAAUGGAAGAAGGACCACCGACUCCCCAACACCAAAGUCAGGUCAGCGCCCCCGGCCGGUGCUGCGCCCAGCACCCUCUCGGCGGCCACCCCGGGCACUUCUGAAGACCACUCCCAGAGCGCCACGCCGCCGGAGCAGCAACGGGCAGAGGACAUUACCAGGUUAUAAAACAUAACUCACACCCUGCCCCCACCCCCAUGCCCCCAUCCUCCCCUCACACACAAAUUGACUCUUAUUUAUAGAAUUUAAUAUAUAUAUAUUUUUGGUUCUUUUCUCUCUUCCUCCCACCUUCUCCCUUGUCAAUUCCAAACUGACGAAACAGAUAAACAAGCCCUCUGUCCUUCUCUCCCUUCCACUGUUAAGGACCCUUGUAAGCAUGUGAUAUUAUCUUAGCAUGGUACCUGCUGGGGUUGUUUUUUUUUUUGUUUUUUUUUUUUUAAGGCCAAUUUGGGGGGUUAUUUAUUUUUUAAGGAAGAAAGCUGCAGAAAUUAUAUAUUGCAAGGUGCGAUGGUCUGGUUUGGGUGAAUUUCAGGGGAAAUGAGGAAAAGAAAAAAGGCAAGAGAGAUUUUUAAGCCAAUUCGCCUCCUUCUCCUCCUCCUCCUUCCCCCCUCUUUCCUUAGGCCUUUUGCAUUGAAAAUGCACCAGGGGAGGUUAGUGAGGGGGAAGUCAUUUUAAGGAGAACAAAGCUAUGAAGUUCUUUUGUAUUAUUGUUGGGGGGGGGCUGGGAGGAGAGGGGUAAGACAGCAGACAAAGCUAAAUGCAUCUGAAGAGCCUCUCAGAGCUGUUCAGUUUGAGGAGCCAAAAGAAAAUAAAAAUGAACUUUCAGUUCAGAGAGGCAGUCUAUAGGUAGGAACCCCCCCUCCCACCAUCGUGGUUAUUGUGUUUUUGGACUGAAUUUACUUGAUUAUUGUAAAACUUGCAAUAAAGAAUUUUAGUGUCGAUGUGAAAUGCCCCGUGAUCAAUAAUAAACCAGUGGAUGUGAAUUAGUUUUA